CACCACCUAAAAAUAAGUAAAUGUGACCAAAAUAACUUAGUGUGAGCUUAAUCAUUAAAUAAUUAUUUUAUUCUUAUUCUGAUUAAACAAUUUAGAGUGGCCAUAUCAUUGAAAAUCCACUUUUUGGAGCUUUUUACCUUGUGGUAUUGUUAUUUUCUCAUGAAAUGAUUAAAGCUGGGUUUAUUUUUCAUUUGGGUAGGAAUAGGCCAUGUGGCCUAAAUCUGUAUCACAAUAUAGUAUUUUCUUUUAUUCAUUUUUGCCAAAAUGACUAUUUUUGAACAUUCUCACAUAGAAAGAAAACAAUCUUUUAUAUAGCGCCUCUCAAGAUAAAAAUCACGAGGUGCUUCACAAAAACAAAAAAAUGAAUGUACCCAAAAAAUAAAAGUAUAAAAUGAUAAAAAAUAAAUUAUUACAAAAAUGUUUAAAAGAAGAGAAAAAACAAAUAAGGAAAGCUGCCGUUUUAUCGGAGAGGGCGUAGUGCCAGUUCUGUUUCCAAGGACACUUUCUUCUCAUUCGUUGUGUCAUUGUGGCCAGUGAUGCAUUGUAGGUUACGUUAUGAAUGGAUGGAGCUCAGGCCGCUGGAGGUGAGGUUGACUAAAAAAGACCGUUUAAUUUCUGGUUACAAAGACAUGACUAAGGACCAAGGAUAGAACCCUGUGGCACACCAAAUUCAUGAUCAGGAAGGUAAAGAGGCGAUUUCCAAAUCCUACACACAAGAAAUGCAUUUAAAAAAACAUUUUGCAUUUUAGGAGGUGGAAAUAUGUGUUUUAUUUCAUCAUAACCUAGAGAGUUUUUAUGUUUUUAUUGGACAGCGGAAAGCAUGGAUGAAAUUAAAGAGGCCGAGGCUGUAAUAACCAAAAAGACAAAAGAAGGACCAAAGAAGAAAGAGUUGAAAAGUCAGGAUGAGGAGGAGGAACACAGCUGCUUGAGGAGGAGCCACCCAAUCACACUUGGGAGGAAGAGGAGAAUUAAAAUCAUCCAAUCCAACCAGAGUCCUGAGUGUGACAUCCAGCAAGACAUUCCUUCAGACACAGCAGAUGUUGGACACUCAAACGCUGUCCCUUCAGACAAAGACACAGACGACUCACUCCCCGCAUCUCUUUCUGUCCGCUGCAGCUCUCGUCUAGAUGCUAAACCCCGACGAGUUCACAGUCUGUCCAGCAGAACUCGACACCCCCCUGCUGGAUCUGACUCACCCAAACAGAAUGAAGAGCAGAGCAAAGACUCAGCUGAAGGCCUAGAUGUCUCUCCAUCACACCCUGAGUCCGUUGUCACAGCUUGUCCUGCUGAGAAGGUCUCUGAGUUGCAACCGGAGGUCCGAGAGAGGCGGUACAGCUGUUCCAGCUGUGGUAAAAAGUUCUUCCAGAUUGGUCACUUGAAGAAACAUCAGUUUAGCCACACUCAUGAGAAACCAUUCACCUGCCAGGCCUGUGGGAAACACUACACCUCAGCAGAAAGCUUCAAAGCCCAUCAGAUGAGUCACCGCGGUGAGCGUCCAUUUUCCUGUCCCAACUGUGAGAAAACCUACUGUCUGAGGCGGGACCUGCAGGAGCACAUGGUCCUGCACACCGGAGAGAAGCCUUACACCUGUGAGAACUGUGGCAAGUCUUAUGCACGACGUCCUUCCCUGCGCGUUCAUCGCCGCCUCCACUGCAGCAAGAUGAGCUACACACAGUCUCCAAAGGUCAUUUCAAAUCAUACCAGCUUUAUUAAAGGGGCCAUAUUAUGGAAAAUCCACUUUUUGGAGCUUUUCACCAUCUUCUAUUGUCAUUUCCUCAUGAUAAAUACCCCUAAACCCUUUUUUGACUUCAUUCAUGCAUUUUCCUGUCUCGGCUGCAUUUGACUGAUGUUACGAUUUUUCCUACAUGCAGCAGAAUGUAACCCAUUUGCGUCAUCUGGCAUUUCUUCUCCCCCUGAACCUGUUCUGGUCUCGUUCCAUUCGUCCUGUCUACAAAGAUGCAUGUAAUGGCCAGCUCAGGAUAUGUGUUAGACGACAUGUUUUGUAACAGACUCAGUGGACCAGCGGUUAGAGUGACAGGCUGGCAUAUAGUUUAGCGCAGGCGCGCCUCCUGAUCCCGGCAGUAACUUUUUUCUUCUAUCUUUAGCUACACUUGCCAGUAUUAUGUUUUCCACUCUUUUUCCACUGUUUUUUCUUUGUUUGUUUAGCCAAUGUGAGUCCAUAUGAAGUGAGUCGGAGUGUCAAAUAAAAUACUGCUUUGAAAUGACCAAAUUCAAAGAUCUUUGGAGACACAACAAGUAUUUUGCAGAUAACAAUCAAUGAAACUAAAAUGUAAGUAAAUUUGCUGGCCAUUAGGUGUGUCUUUAUGGACAGGACACAUGGUUUUCACAGCGGCGUUUUGUCCCCAACACAGAGAUAAUUUGUCAGAAUAUCCACUCUGGUA